AUGGCCUCGCGGCGAGUCCCUCUGUCCAACAAUCCCAAUGUCGCCAACUCGCCGCUCCGUGGAGCUUCUGCUCUAGCUGCCUACGCUAAGCAAAAACGCUCGUAUGCUACUAUUCAACGUGAGGAAGCUUAUGGGCAGGCUCCUCCCGUCAAGAAGCAAGCUCUUGAUAGUGGUGCCGCACGCGUUAUUCGCUCUCCUUCGAAGCUGCCUCGCGCCCAAACCAUGUCCCGAGUCGCCACUGCUGCUACCGCACGUCCUGUUGUCCGUGAUAGACAAUCUAGAGCUGCUCCUACGGCUAAGCCUCACGAUGUCGAAAGUGAAAAGGAAGUAUGGAAGAGACACCACCGGGCCAAGUUCCCCAAAAUGGUGUUUUACUUUGAAAGUAUCCCAGAUGAUGUGCGAGCGAAGCUCAUCAAGAGAGUCACAUAUCUUGGUGCUCGCCAAGAACCCUUCUUCUCCAUCGACGUCACACACGUCGUUACCACACGAUCGAUCCCUGUCGAAAAAACUGGUACCGGAGAGGCAGACGCCUUGAACCACGAGCAAAGCGGACGUGUUGAGGAGCAGCCUCAGACCAUCAACCCUUCUCUGCUUCUGGAUAAACCUAGUGAUGCCCGCAGAAAACUUCUCUUCGACUUCCGCCAGGCACCUAUGCAAUCGCUGCAACAAGAUGACCUGAUGAAGCGCACUCGGGGUGUCCGCAAUAAUGAUGUCUUGCACAAAGCUCGUGACAUGGGUAAGAAGAUUUGGUCGUUGGACAAGUUCCAGACCAUGCUCGCCGUACUACUGGAAUCGGAGACACAACAAGCAGCGUAUGGAUCACGCGUAACCAACGCCCGAAGUCAAUACGGGGCCAACAGAGGAGCCCAUGAGCCCAAUCUGUUGCAACUUCUUCACAACGAACGCAUCAACGGCCCCUCAGACCGUGAUCCUACGGCUAUCAGCAGGGAGCUCUCCUAUUUCAAGGGCCCUUAUCUCUACGUUUGGGACAUGGAUGAAAAACAAAAGCCCAUGAUGGUUCGCGAAUAUAGCAAGGUCAUUAACAAGGCCGACGGCGAUUGGCCCCAGUUUCGCAGUGUCGGUAAUGGCCGCUGCCCCUUUGUUGAAGAGCUGGAACUACCUGAGCGAGAGGUACGCAAGAAUCGUGAGCGUGAAAGGGCUCGUGUUAUUAAGCGAGAAGAACAUGUCACUAUCCUCAAGCCUCCGGAGAACCCUUUGCCUAGGCCGGUCACGGGGAAACGAUCUCUCGCUGAAAUGGAGGGUGGACACAACAGACCGCGAGGUGCUACGACCGCAGAAGUCUUCAACCCAGCUAAGGCUGCUAUUGGCAAGCACGGCGAGAUGCGUCCGCAAAACGCCUUCAUUAGCCGUGCAGAUUCUGGGCGGCAGUUUGCGGGCGAACCUGUUGCGUCUGGCAUGCAACCGUCCAACAUCACAUCUGCUAUUCGCUCACAGAUGAUCUCAUCUACCUCCGGCAUCAACGGGGCCAAGGCCGGUACAAGCAAGGCAGUACAUGGGUUGCAAAGAAAAGUGCUUCAGAAAGCUGCUCCGGCUUCGUAUGAUUUAAGCUCGCGGCACGUGGGAGAAAUCCCAGUGGACGUUGCAUCUAGUAGAUCCACUACUAUGAGCCGGCAAAAUUCGAAGCUGACGGCGGCUGGAGAAGAUGACAACCAGAAAGCGGCCGAGACUCGGGAAAGAAAAGCUACCUCGCAACUGAAGAGCAAGAAGGAUCUCAAGCCAGGUUAUUGCGAGAACUGUCAGGACAAAUUCCGAGACUUUGAUGAGCAUAUCGCGUCGCGCAAGCAUCGCAAGUUUGCCGAGAACCACGAUAACUGGUCCGAGUUGGACGCUCUGCUAUCUCAGCUGGAGCGUCCGCCCCGAUUUGCAGCAAUGGAUUCCGAAGAGUACUAG